GGGGGGGGGGGCGGAGGGAGAGAUCACAGAGGGUCAGAAACAGAGACAGGCAGUGUAGGACAGAGGGGGAACACAGAGGAGCGGGGAGAGACACAGAGAGAAGCAGGGAUAGAGAGACUGAGGGAGAAACAAAGAGUGAGAAACAGAGAAAGGGAGAAGUUGACACAGAGAGAGAGAGAGAGACAAAGGGAGAGACAGUGAGGGAGAAACAGACAGGGACAGAGACAGACGGUAAAACAAAGAGAGAGAUACAGAAAGAGAGAAAAAGAGAUACAGAGACAUAAAGAAGGAUAAACAGAGACACAGAGAAGCAGAGAUAGGCGGAGAGCAGGAUAAGGAGAGGGGAAGCCAGACAGAUAUAAAGAAGCCGAGUCAGUGCAAUUGAAGCUACAAUCCCAGAGUUCCGGAACUAUUGCCAAGAUGUCCAGAAACUUCACCGGCACCUGGAAAAUUAAGAGCAGCGAGAACUUCGAGGAGCUUCUGAAACAGCUAGACGUCAGCCUGUUGCUGAGGAAGAUCGCAGUGACCGCGGCUUCCAACCCCAGCGUGGAGAUCAAACAGGAUGGGGAGAGCUUCUAUAUUCGCACGGCCACCCCGGUCAGGACCACGGAGAUCCAGUUCCGGGUCGGAGAGGAGUUCGAAGAGCAGACUGUGGACGGGAGGCCGUGCAAGAGUUUGGCACGAUGGAUUGGGGAGAAUAAGAUGGAAUGCGAGCAGAAAUUACUGAAAGGAGAGGGACCAAAAACCUCCUGGACGCGGGAACUCACCAGCAAUGAUGAGCUCAUUCUUACCAUGACUGCCAAUAAUGUGGUGUGCACACGCCUUUAUGUUCGAAACUGAGUCAGCGAUCAGUCUCUGAAGUGGAAAAACCAAAAAGAUGGAAACUCACCAGAAUUUUCACCCCUGACCCCUAUAUCUAAACCCAUUCAUAAAAUGCCAACUGGAGAUCCAGAACCACCACGCCUCCCACUCGCCAGAAUGGACUCUUCACGAUCUCCCUCUACCCCUACCCUUCUUGCACCGCUUGUUCUCUGGAUGGACUUGACCAGAACAGACCACCUUCCAGCUCCAUGCCUCUGAAUGCCCUCUCCCUAGUUCCUGUUCGCCACCUUCUGGGAUAGAUCAUCCCAUUUCCCCCAAUCCCAGAAUGACUCCUCCCAUUACUCCUUCUCCCAGGAUAGAUGGAUGGACCAUCCCAUUAGACACGCCUUUCUGUCCCAUUCCUAUUGCUCUCCUUCUCCUGAGAUGAGUCUUCCCAACUUUCCCCUCCUCUCGUGAACAGAUUCCCCCAUUUCUCCCCUUCUCCUGUGAUGGGCUUUCCCAUUUGGCCCCACUUCUGGGAUAGAUAACCCCAGAUAGAUCCUCCAAUACGCCCCUUUCCUGGGACAGACCCUUUAACCCCCAGGACAGACUGUCCAUUUGCCCCCUGUCCUGGGACAGACCACCCCAUUCUCCCCUCUCCUGGAACAGACCCUCCAAAUCCCCUGUCUCGGCGGUAUGGGGGGGACCCUCCAUACUCCUCACCCUAGGACAGAUUCACCAAUUCCAAUCCUUCUCCAGGUGACACCCUUCAAUUCCCCUCCCUCCUGAGGGAGAUCCUUCCCCUCCCUCCUGAGGGCCCCCUUCUAAAUCUUCCCUCAGCCCCCGGGCAUACUCUUCAAGUUCUCUCAGUAAUGGUCUGACCUCUGGAUGGUUCUCCCAGGGGAAUGGGGGAAGACUCUGGGAUGCUCUUGGCUGUAUCCUGGCCCUAAUUCUCCCACCUACUACCACGCAUCCCACCCCAAACCCCAACUGCUUCCCCAGCACAAAUCUCCAGACCAUGGUAUCUUGCCCCCACCCCAAAACUGAUCCACAUUAGUUGCUUGACACUGUGACCCCUCCUCAGUCCAGCCUGUGCAUCUCAGUCUCCUUUCCCUGUUACGAUCCUCUCGCUGCAUGUUUUUUUUUGGUGAAAUAAAUGGUGCACCAGGC